AUGGCACCUGCUACACAUGACACGGUGGCUCCAAGCACAUCGGAAUCAAAUGAUGAGGAGAAGAACAAGGCUAAACAGGAUAAAGGUCUCCAAAGUCGCUCAAAUAUGGAUACGGUGCGUCGAAUACGGGAGAGGCGUCAUCCGGUAUCCUUAGCGUCACGAAGAAGUACGCAAUCGGGAAUAGUCAUUCCAGGACCGAAUAUUAGAGAAAGGAAAAAUUUCGCAAAGUCCUUCUACUGGGUUGCCGCUAAUCACAAAAAGAUCGGUUUCCGACAUAUCUGUAUGCUACUUCUGGUGCUUGUCUAUACGCUUCUAGGCGCCUUGAUGUUCUAUCUCAUUGAAUCAAACUACGAGAGAAACGUAAGUAGAAAUACAAAUUGGUCACUUACUGUGGUGAUUCGAAAAGACGCAUUGGACAAAACGAUCCUUGGAAUUGCCGCUGAAAUGACGAAUAAGGUAAAUGAUCCGGAUGAGACUGUGAAUAUAACAAUGAUGGAAGAUUAUAUCAAGCGAGCUUAUGUCACUUUGCUCCAACAAGAGUCAGCUUACAAAGGUAGCACUUUCUACAAGUCAGAGGAUCCAGACAAUAACUAUAAGUGGACAUUUGGAAGCGCGUUCUUUUUCUCCAUGAAUGUGUACACGACCACUGGAUACGGUUCCAUCGCGCCGGAGUCAAUAGCUGGCAAGUCGUGUGUCAUGAUUUACGGUUUGAUAUUCGUACCCCUAACACUGGUUGUACUUCGUGAUCUCGGUCAAUGGGCGCUAGUACAUACAACAAAGAUCUAUGCUCGAUUGUUGAUUAUGUUCAGAAGAGCUCGAGGUCAUGCUGAAACUAAAGAUGAUGAACUAAUCUGUUUGCCAAUUAAAUUCUGCAUGGGUAUUAUGUUAGUUGCUUUAGGUUAUCUAUUAUUUGCCAGUUUAUUCAUCUACGAAUACGAUGCUUUAUCUGGCCCCGCUGAUUCUGGCAUGGAUUUCUUCCAUUCAUUCUAUUUUUCCUUUAUUUCUAUGACCACUAUAGGUCUGGGAGAUAUUAUGCCAAACAACGUUACGGCAAGUUCAAUAAAAAUAAUUACUAUGCAAUAA